ACGGGAAUGGCGCACUAUCAGGGCCACAUUUGCCAAUGUCUCCCUCGUCUUCUCACCCUCAAACGCGAUUCCCCGCUGACCAUCGCCGGCGACCGCCGGAAGACCGGCCGCCAGUUCGUCGAGGAUGUCCUUGCUUUCUCUACUGGCCUCUCCGAAUUUGGUGUCCGCCCUGGAGAUGUCAUCGCCAUUGCUGCUUUGAAUAGUGAUUGGUACAUUGAAUGGCUCCUGGCAAUCACAUUUGUUGGAGGGAUUGCAGCUCCGCUCAAUUAUAGAUGGAGUCUUGAAGAAGCAAGAUUGGCCAUUGAGCUUGUUAGUCCUGUGAUGUUGGUUGUGGAUGAGAGCUGCAGCUCAUGGGCUCUUGAACUGCAAGAAUCCUGUGACAUGCCGUCUAUUAGGAUGCAUGUUCUCAUUGGGGAUGCUACUCCAAAAUUCAGAAACAAUCAAAGUGUUUUAAGAAUGGAUUACAUUAGAAGAUCUUGGCAAGGUCCUCCAACAGCAGAUCCACUUUUGGCACCGAAAGGAAUUGCUAUUAUAUGCUUUACAUCAGGAACCACUGGAAAACCAAAGGGAGUUGCCAUAAGCCAUACAGCUUUGAUUGUUCAAUCCCUUGCAAAACUUGCAAUUGUUGGUUACACUGAAGAAGAUGUUUAUCUCCACACAGCUCCCUUGUGCCACAUUGGUGGCAUAUCUUCAUGUAUGGCCAUGCUAAUGGCAGGUGGUUGCCAUGUGGUACUACCUAAGUUUUGUCCAAAGUCAUCUAUCCAAGCUAUUGAGCAGCACAAUGUGACAUCUCUAAUUACUGUGCCCACAAUGAUUGCUGACCUUAUUUCAUAUAUCAGUAGCAGGUCAAGUAGUUGGGAAGGUGGAACAAGGGUGAGCAAGAUCUUGAAUGGUGGUGGAAGCCUCUCAGUUGAGCUGUUGAGCAAUGCCAUCCAUGUAUUUCCUCAUGCGAAAAUUGUUUCGGCUUAUGGAAUGACAGAGUGCUGCUCUUCGCUGACUUUCAUUACACUUCCCAAUCCAAAUUGUGAAAAAUCUAGAAUUCUCACUUCCGAUAAUCAUAAUCUCAAGUCUGACCAUAUUUACCAACAACCUGGAGGUGUAUGUGUGGGAAAAGCAGCUCCCCAUGUUGAAAUACGGAUAUCUACAAAUGAUCAAGCUAGCAGCUUCUCUCCUUCCAUCGGAAAGAUACUUACUAGAGGCCUGCAUGUAAUGAUUGGUUACUGGAAGGACACUUCUGGAAACCUACUGCAUUCCAAUGAAAAUGGUUGGCUUGACACAGGUGAUAUAGGCUGGCUAGAUGAGAAUGGCAACCUGUGGCUUAUCGGACGUGAGAAAGGGCUAAUUAAAAGUGGAGGAGAAAAUGUUUAUCCUGAAGAGGUUGAGGCUAUUCUUGCACAACACCCAGGAAUAUCCAAUGUUGCUGUGGUCGGGAUCCCUGAUAUCCGCUUAUCGGAGAAAGUGGUUGCUUGUAUUAGCAUGAGGGAGAGCUGGCACUGGCUUGAUGAAAUAUCCGGACAUUCACCAGGUCAAAAUGAACUGUCAAGCAAGCUCCUCCAGAAAUUUUGCAGACAGAUGAAUUUAACAGGAUUCAAAAUACCAAAGAAGUUUUUUUGGUGGAAGAAAUCUUUCCCUCUAACCACCACGGGGAAAUUGAAAAGGGAUGAUGUUAGACAAGAAGUUAUCUCCAACAUGCAAAUUGCAUUGUCGAAAUUGUGAGUAUUGAGUGUGUAAAACAUUUGUUUUCCGAUAAAAAUAAUUUUAUUA